CACUCAUCUCCCUCCUCCUUCUCUCUCCUUUCUCACACACACCCGUCAUCACCAUCACCACCAUCGUCAUUAUAUUCACCCUAAUCUUUCUUGGCUAAUUAAUCCUCAACGCGUAUUUCCCCCUACAAGUACAGUACAGUACAACAUUUAUCUCGCAACUAUCCGAAAGCUCAUUCGCUACGAUACGACAGCUUUGAGAUUUUUUUUCUUCCCCCAUCUCAGGUUUCAAGGCACCCAACGGAUAACCCCCAAGUCUAUUACCGAUCAUGCCACCACAACCAGGGAGUGUCCGUUCCGAGUCUCCUGAUGACUGCCGUUUCUUACCCUGCGACUACUCUGACGGAAAGGUCCUCUAUCCGACUAAUCUUGAAAAGAAGCCUCGCGCCGAUGGUGCCUACGAAUAUUAUUCCCCUGUACCCACUGGGAGCAGUAAAGAUGUCAUGUGGAGAACCAAAUGCGGUAAUCAUGUUUACCAACUAUUCUCCAAGCAAGAGAAUCCUCAAGAAUCACUUGACUAUGUUUUCGCCGAGUUUCCGCGGAAUUACAAGCUCUUUGAGCAUGUCAAAUGUUCCGCUAAAGAUGGUGUUCUUGGGAAAGAAAGAUCAGACACCUAUCUAUACGGACAUCCAUCGGGAAAGCGCUAUCGAUCACCAGCCGAGUUCUUCCCCCACAUUGCGUACCUUUGCCGUUUCAGUGCAACUAAGAACCCCGACACCAAGGGGAAAUUCUGCCAAUGCUGCCUGUGUAGUACUGUGGGUCCGAAGACCGGGCCAGCUACCUCAACUUUCAAGGGAUCCGUUCAAUUUUACCAGAAGGAAGUUAGGAGGGUAAAGACAGUUGUAUGCCAGGAGGAAAAGAUUGCGGAGCAGGAUUGCGGAGGAUGGGUCAUACGCAAAGGAGAGAUUGGAUGGGUUUGGCUUCCUGUCAAUGAAGAGAGAAGCUAUGAGGGGAUAGAUGAGAAAAAUCUAGUCGACGGUCAGGGUGGCGUUUGGGCUGCAGGGAUAAUUGUCGAACGCCCUGGAUACACACCUUUCCUCAUGCCUCCUAACAUAAUUACUGGAACCAGGGAACAAGAAACAGACCAAGAUCCAAUGAGAACAUUUGUUAACGUGGAAAAAGACAUUGUUCCGCCAUGGGCUACCGACAAAGAUUCGUACACUAUCCAGCUCUGCGCUGGGAAGGGGAAGAAUGGAGAGGUUAUCAGCGACGUCAAACAGUGGUUUGUCAGGCCAUGGUUGUCACGCCCUGAGUGCGCUAUCAAUUACGAGGCGAAUGAAUCCGAACACCCCUCAGUUGUGUCUGGUCGGGAAGUCGCAGGUACAUUCUCGGUAUUCGAUAAGAUCCCUGAUAGCAUACAUUCUGUUAUCGAAAAAGGGGAGACAGAGAAGGUCAGGGUGGCGUCGUAUAAUGGCAUUUACCUAGGUGCGGAAAAAAUAUGGGUUGAUGAACCAAUACGUAUUAAGUGCUUUACCGAAGGGAGCAUAGUUGAUGGGGCAGAAGAUAUGAUGGUUGUCAAGUCGAUUCAGACCUACACUUCACCCUCCAAAAUCAGCCCCGGUAAAUCAACAACCAGAAUCGUCUUUGGAGGUCCGAUUUUUACUGCCUUUCCUCGGAAAGGUACAGAGCCGGUUCAAGACGAAGCAAGUCUCCAGCUUCCUCCCCGCAUGCGUCGCUCAUGCGGUGGCGACUGGACUAUUAAGUGGUACAUUCCGGAUGGAUCGAACGAAAGGUCCAAAGUUAAUUCUCAAAACCCUUUCUCGGGAGGUACUACGACCCCCCGGCGAUUCCGGGAAGGGACUGGACGUCCCGACCUCCUUUAUGGAGGGGACCCGAAUUUUGAAAAUUUUUCCCGGUGAAUAUAAGAGGAUGGGCCAAUUCGAGACUCGAGGCUUUGGCGACUGUACUCAUCUUGAAUGGGCUUGGCCCUCAGCGGUGAUGACCAUUGAAGAUAAAAUAGAAUCAAAAGUGGGGCCGGCUAUGCUCUAUCAACAGGAGGAGGAGGAUACGCUCAACCCGCUCAACCCACCUACCGAUGCCUGGGAGAAUUUUGAGGAGAACAAUCAAAAGGAAGCAGAUCGGGAGGGUGUGCUUAUGAGCGAUAUGGAGGAUAUAAUGGAGGUUGACCCCCCUAGAGGCUUUGUGAGUGUCAAUGUAAGGACUAUUCCCCAUAGCAUUGGUCAGAAACGCGAAGGAGGUGCCUAGGUACCUCUUUUUUUAUCCACCAUUAUCUCGAUGGAGAUUGAGGGGGUAACGUUUGCGCAGGGUUUGAUCUGCAGUGGGUAUUUUAUGGAUUGCUUUUUUCUUUUCCUUCUUUGUGCCUAUUCUAGCUUUAUCAGAAGGGUGUCUACAAUGAUUUUUCUUCAUUCCUCAUCUGUAUGAUACCAAGUUUCAAUUCUAAAAAGUUACCAUCGGUAGUUAUCGGUGUUGCGCUAGGAUGACAUGUGGCGUUGUGCGAGAUACUGAGAGGCCCGAAAGUUCUUAUAACAUUCGAGCCAAGUUGAAAGAGAGGCAUUCUGAAAAAAAUUACAGAUGCCUCUUACUCAAUGUCGCGACGAAAACCUUGGCCAGUUCGAAGGGGGACUUGGCAAACGGCCUCCAAAGGGGUGUUUGCCGGGGCUGAUUCUGGGUGAAUUUCUUAGUCCACGACACUACUUGGUUAUGCGGGCAAAAUAAUAUUAAAAAGGAAGAGGAGCUUUCUUUUCUGCACACUCGGAGUCCUUCGAAGGUGAUGGCGUGGAAGAAGGUAUGGGGUAGAAGUGCUGGAGGCGACGGAGGGGCAUUCUCAAUAAUGUCUUUCUUUGCUUUUCCCAUAGUGUAGUAUUAUCAAUUCAGUUAGCAUUGCAUGUU